UUUGGGGUGUCUCCUCCGGGGGCGCCAUGGCGGCACCGGCCAGCAGCCUGAUCCGGCAGAAGCGGGAGGUCCGCGAGCCCGGGGGCAGCCGGCCCGUGUCAGCGCAGCGGCGCGUGUGUCCCCGCGGCACCAAGUCCCUUUGCCAGAAGCAGCUCCUCAUCCUGCUGUCCAAGGUGCGACUGUGCGGGGGGCGGCCCGCGCGGCCGGACCGCUGCCCGGAGCCUCAGCUCAAAGGCAUCGUCACCAAACUGUUCUGCUGCCAGGGUUUCUACCUCCAGGCGAAGCCCGACGGGAGUAUCCAGGGCACCCCAGAGGACACCAGCUCUUUCACCCACUUCAAACUGAUCCCUGUGGGGCUCCGUGUAGUCACCAUCCAGAGUGCCAAGCUGGGUCACUACAUGGCCAUGAACGCUGAGGGGCUGCUCUACAGCUCGCCACAUUUCACAGCUGAGUGUCGCUUUAAGGAGUGCGUCUCUGAGAAUUACUAUGUCCUGUACGCCUCUGCUCUCUAUCGCCAGCGUCGUUCUGGCCGGUCCUGGUACCUGGGCCUGGACAAGGAGGGCCGAGUCAUGAAGGGAAAUCGAGUCAAGAAGACCAAGGCAGCCGCCCACUUUGUGCCCAAGCUCCUGGAGGUGGCUGUGUACCGGGAGCCUUCUCUCCACAGUGUCCCUGAGACCUCCCCUUCCAGGCCCCCUGCCCCCUGCCAUGCAGUCCCCGGACUGGAGGCUCCCUGCCCUCGCCACCACCACAGCCUGUCUCCCAGCCCUGCUUCUGGCCCUGCUCUCACCCCUGCUGCCACGCUCAUGCCCUGAGCAGCCAGGUCCCACCAGGUGCUCUACCCAGAGGGAGCCUAGGGGCCGGCCGUGACUUCCGGGGCUGCUGAGACCCUCAGAUCCUUGGGCCCGGGAAAGGGGUCAGAGAGGGGGAUGUCUGAAAAUGGUCCUGGCUGAUCACUUCUUUCCUUCCACACUCACACCCUCCAAAGCCUUUUCCCGAGAUGGCGCGGGGGGUUCCAAAACUGACAAAACCAGGGCAUAAAUCUUCUGCACCCCGGGCUCAGCCAGUUCCUGGAGCCCUUUGCCCUUUUCAUGGCCACCAAGCCAUAGAUUUAUAGGUCCACUGGAGCUCAGGAUUAGUUUCCUUCUUUCCCUACUCCACC